AUGGGAUAAUGUCUCAAUUGUUUUAAAAAAAAAGAAGAAAGUUAAUAAGAUGUUGUGUCUUAAUAAGCUGAUACUAAUUCUAAGCCUCUUAAUGAAUAAUAAACUGAAACUAUUACUUUUAGUAAACAAAGUAUUAUUCUUACAACUGAUCCUCAUAAACUUAAUAUUACAGACUUUAAAUUAUUAAAGACUCUAGGUAGAGGAACCUUUGGUAAAGUUUUAUUGGUUAAAAAACGUUCUAAUGAAAAAUUGUAUGCUAUGAAAAUUGUUAAGAAAUAUGAUUUACAAAUUAAAAAAUAAGUGGAAUAUGCUAAGACAGAAAGAAUAAUUUUAGAAAAAAUUAAUCAUCCUUUUAUUAGUAAACUUCAUUAUGCAUUUUAAACUUAAUAAAAAUUAUAUUUUGUUAUUGAUUAUUGUGCUGGUGGAGAAUUAUUUUUCCAUUUAAGAAGAGCUUAUAAACUAAAAGAGAAUUAAGUUUAAUUUUAUGCUGUAGAGAUUAUUAUUGCCUUAGAGUAUUUACAUGAUUCUAAAAUUUUAUAUAGAGAUCUAAAACCAGAAAAUAUUUUAUUAUGUUAAGAUGGACAUAUCAAAUUAAUUGAUUUUGGAUUAUCCAAAAUUAUUACCAAUAGAGACUUACUUUCUUAUUCAAUUGUAGGAACACCAGAAUAUCUUGCACCAGAAAUAUAUUCAGAUGAUAAACUUGGUCAUGAUGAAUCAUGUGAUUGGUGGAGUUUAGGAGCUUUAAUGUAUGAAAUGUUAACAGGAACUGCGCCAUUUUAUAGUCAAGAUAGAACACUUAUGUUCAGAAAUAGAACAGAAAAAUAAAUAGAAAUGAAACCGUGGUUUUCUGAAUCAUGUUCUAGUCUACUUACAGGAUUAUUAAAUAAUAAUGUAAAUAUAUUCUAUANAGCUUAUUAAUAUUGA